GUGCUCGCCCUAGUUUUUUGUUGCCGAUUGCCACGUGUCAGCCAGUCCCGAAACGCGAGAUCUACAACAACCGCGAGGCGGCGUGAUUACGAAGAGCUCUCUGCAGCUGAUCAGUACGUCAGGAGUGGGAAGUGGAAGUCUGCCGGGCUUUCUUGUUGGGGGUUUUACGUAAUUGGGGGAUUUUUUAUUUUAUUUUUUAUUUUCCGUUGUGUGAAGAAGAGGCCCCAUCAACGGUGGAGGAAGCGCGGGAGAGGAGGAGGCUCGCUCGUUUUGCUCGCUGAGGGGGUCUCGUCGAUUUCCUGAAGUGCUGAGGCUCAAUACUCCAACGCAAUGGCGGCUCCAAGCUUUCAGGCGAUGGUCGGAAGGCUCAUACUGUUCAUCCUCCUCGUUAUGGUUCUCGUGGCUGUGAUGCAGAUAUCGUAUCUUCAACCCACGGCUGACCAGCAUGGUGCAGCAGGUGGCCAAGGGAGAAGAUGGCUGGGUACUUCCAAAGAGAACGAUAUGACAUUGCAUAUCUCACCACCUGCAAUGAAGAUCAGUGUAUGGGAAGACGAGGAAGCCAAACUAUUACGCUUGGGAUAUGUGAAACCACAGAUAUUAAGUUGGUCGCCGCGGAUUAUUCUGUUAAACAAGUUUUUGAGUGAUGAGGAAUGUGACAGGAUCAUGGAGAUAGGCCGACCAAAGUUGAGGACUUCUACAGUAGUAGAUGCAGCCACGGGAAAGGGUGUAAGAAGCACAGUUCGCACGAGCACUGGCAUGUUCUUGACUGAGAGAGACAGACAUGAUCCGGUGAUAUCGUAUAACGUGAAGCGAGGAGGACAGCGGGUGGCCACGGUUCUCAUGUACUUGACCGGAGAUGUGGAAGGGGGAGAGACAUAUUUCCCUGAGGCUAAUGACGGGAACUCGACGUGCAUGUGCGGAGGGGAAUUGAAGAGGGGUGUCUCUGUCAGGCCGGACAGAGGGAAUGCCGUUCUGUUCUGGAGCAUGACAUUAGAAGGGCAAACCGAUACGAAGUCCCUGCAUUCCAGCUGCCCAGUCAUCAGUGGAGAAAAAUGGUCGUGUACGAAGUGGUUGAGGACAGGCGCGUUCCAAUGAACAAUUAUGACCUUCAAGCAGAACAGCCGGAAGUGAAUGUUUGCCAUUUCUUCGCUGUUGAAAAGUCCUUAUAAGGGAAUUAUUUUGUUCUGGGCACUCCUUGCUAGUUUGUACUGUUAGUAGAUUUUUCCAUCCCCGUCCAGUUUAGACGCUUAGGUUACGGAAAACAUUUCUAUUAUCUGAAUUUAUUUCUCUCAUCACGAAGUUCUCCCCUCCAAUUGCCCUCGCCACCCUUCUCCAUCCCCACCGCCCCCUCCCCCCCCGCUUGUUUCAGCCCCUUAGAAAAGCCUACAUCUUGACAGAUCCACCGCUUAUGAGGCACGUGAUUAGCUAGACAAAGGAAGUAUUACCUUUGAGCCCUUCUGUGAGGCACAAGAAUGAAGAGGGCUUGAUUGUGAGGUAGGACAAAUACAUAUUCAAGGGGGGGAGGAUAGGCAAAACUAUUGGUCGUAUGGUCGACAUCUAUAUUGCGUGUGUGUGUGGAUGGUCCGGGGGGGUUCGGGAGAGGGGGGAGGGGUCCACUCUGUGUGUGUGUGUGUGUGUGUGUGUGUGUGUGUGUGUGUGUGUGUGUGUGUGUGUGUGGGUGUUUGCGAGUGUGUAUACACAAGUUAAGGGGAAAAGAGGGAGCGCGGGUUUGGACCAGCCAAGCUCAUAUCCGGUUAUCUUGUAGACAUCAGCACCCGGGAAGGAAAGAAUUGUAAUAUCAUUGUUUGCAUGUCUUCUGCUUUCAGUAGAAGGUUCAGAAGUGGUACUUAAGACAGGUACCUUGCCCAGCUUGCCGAGUGAGUCGGCAAAGGUUGGAUUCAAAUUUCAAACUAUCAUUCUUGGAUUUGCAGUUGAAUACGGUACGUCGUUACCUUUGUGUGUUACUUACUUCACCUGUGAUUUUAUUGAUGGCAAAAGAAGGGUGUGGACACUGUGAAGCAAUGAUCUUUUUUUUUUUUUUAAAUCAAUUUUAGAAGAAUCAAAUUCAUGUUCGACU